AUGGCUCAUAAUCAACAAAAACAACAUAACGACGAUCAUCGAUUUAUUGAUAAAUUGAUUCGUCCAUCACCACUAUCGUCAUUGUCAUUAUUUUCAUUAUCAUCACAAUUAUUUAGGAUAAUAUUAUUAAAAUUUUAUCAUUAUCAUUAUUAUCAUCCAAUUCUAUUACCAUUGUUAGCAUUAAUUCUGAAUCAACAACAUCAACAACAAUCAUCAUCAUCAUUAUCAUCGAUUAUAUUGUCAUCAUCAACAUCGAUUGUAUCGGCAGCUAUUACAACCAACAAGGAUCGUCCUUAUACAUCAAUCAUUUAUACAGCUGUCGAUGGUGGAAAGGUUGCAUUACCAUGUAAUAUAAUACCACCAACAAUCGAUGAUCAUGUUGUAUUGAUCCUAUGGUAUAAAGAUGAUGAAUUUGAACCAAUCUAUACGAUUGAUGCACGAAAAGAUCCAUUAGAAAAAGCAAGAAUUAUUGCAUCACCAAAUUUAAUUGAUCGUGUUUAUUUCAAUCAACAUAAUCAGCCUGCCUUUUUACAAAUUGAUCCAGUACAAACAAAAGAUGCUGGUGAAUAUCGUUGUCGAGUUGAUUUUAAAAAAGCUCGUACAGUUAAUAUAGUGAUACAGCUUAAAGUGAUUGUACCACCUGAAGAGCCAAUCAUUUCGUAUAAAUAUUCACAAAGUACAUCACAUCCAUUAAAAGGCCUUAUCGGACCAUUCAAUGAAGGUGAUAGAUUAGUAUUGGUCUGUACAUCGUUUGGUGGUAAACCACGACCAACAUUAACCUGGUGGAAAGAUUAUUCCAUUAUUGAUGAUAGUUUUGAAUAUAAAAGCAAAGAUGUUACAACCAAUGAGCUUGUUAUUGAAUCAUUAGCACGACAUCAUUUAUUAUCAAUAUUCACUUGUCAAUCAUCAAAUAAUAAUAUUACAAUUGCAUCAUCAGCAUCGAUUACUAUUGAUCUAAAUUUAAAACCAUUGGAAAUAAAAAUUCAUCAAAUUUCAUCAUCAUUAUUAGCCAAUAAUGAUGCAAAAUUUGAAUGUAAAUCAUUUGGUUCAAAACCAAAAGCACGAUUAUAUUGGAUGUUUGAUAAUGUUCGUUAUGAUACAACAUUACAAGGUGAUAUGCAAACAAUAUCAAUCAUUAGUCUACCAUUGAAACGUGAAAACAAUGGCCAUAUAUUGUCAUGUCAUGCAGAGAAUCCAAAAAUUUUUAAUUCAACAAUUUCAGAACAUUUUGUUCUCAGUGUAGAAUAUGUACCAGAAUUAACAUUACAACUUGGCACAACAACCAUAUCAUUGAAUACAAUACAGGAAGGUAAUGACAUUUAUUUUGAUUGUAUAUUGGAUGCAAAUCCAAUGCCAACAACGCCAUUAAUAUGGAGAUUUAAUGAUGAAAUAUUGGAACCAAGACAAGGAAUAAUCCAAAGUAAUUAUUCAUUGGUAUUACAAAAUGUCCGUCGUCAUAUGUCUGGUGAUUAUAAAUGUGAAGCCACCAAUCAACAUGGUACACGAACAUCAAAUUCAAUCAUAUUGAAUAUACGUUUUGCACCAUAUUGUAAAUUUAAAUCAACAUUAGCAUAUGGUCUUUCGUUAUUCGAAUCAAAUGCCUUAGUAUGUGAAGUAGAUUCCAAUCCGAUGCCCAGUUCAUUUCAAUGGAAAUUUGAAAAACAAAUUGAAUUAACCACUGUUCAUUCGUAUAACUAUAGUUCAUUAUUAUAUUAUAUGCCAAAUUCAACACAUCAUUAUGGUACAAUUGAAUGUAUAGCUAAAAACGAUGUUGGCAUGCAACAAAUACCCUGUAAAUAUCAUAUCAUUGAUUCAGGUCCACCAAAUUUUCCAUUCUAUUGUCAAUUAUAUAAUCAAUCAAUCGAUAAGAUAACGAUAAAAUGUACAAGUGAAAAUGAUUAUCAAAUAAUUUCAAAUGAUAAUGUUGAUGAUGACGGUGAUGGUGAUAACGAUGAUGAUGAUGAUGAACAACAACCAAAACAUAAACAAUAUUUAUCAUCAUCAGAAAUGACAAUAGACAAUCAAUACAAUCAUCAACAACAACAACAACAACAACAACAACAACAAUCGGCAAAAAUUGGCCAAACAAUUUUUGUACAUCCAACUACACAUUAUAUUGCUGAAAUUUAUGAUAAACAUGGCCAAUUAUUACAGAAUCUGACAUUGAAUCCACCGAUGCCUUUUUCAAACAUAUCAACAUUAAUAAAUCAAACACGUAAAACAUCAAGUACAUCGAUGACAAUGUUUAAUUUUCAAAUUGAUCAUUUAAUCGAAUCAAGUAAUUAUAAGAUAAAAAUUUAUGCACUCAAUACAAAAGGAACCAGUGAUCAUCGAUGGAUCAAUGCUCAAACAUUGCGUAAAGCAGAAAAAUAUAUUUAUAAUAAUAGUAAAAAUUUUACAACCGACACAACAGGAUUAUUGUUUACAAAUUAUGCAAUGAAUCAUAUCAAAAUAAUAAUGGUUAGCGUAUGUGGAUCAUUAACCAUAAUGCUUAUUGUUAUUGUGAUUGCCAUAUCGUAUAUGUCGAAAUUUUGUCAACGAAUACGUAAUAAUAAUAAUAAUAAUAAGAAGAAAAAUUAUGGACGUAAAUUGAAGAAUGGUGAUAAUUUUAAAAUUCAUGGUGAUAAAAAUGAUGAUAAUGAUAAUAAUGAUGAUGAUGAUGAAAUUGGAUUGAAUGUAAUGAAUAAUCAUCAAAGAAAUGAUGUUUGUUCCAAUGUUGAUAUGAAUAUUACAAAUGGAACAAUGAUUAAUACUACUACUACUACUACUUUAAAUGUUGGCUGCGGUGGUGGUGGUGCUGGUGGUAUUGUGAAUGAUAAUGCUGAUAAUAAUAGUGGCCAUCAUCAUCAUCAUCAUAAUAAUAAUAAUCAUCAUGGUGGUGGUGGUGGUGGUGGUUAUGGUACUUUAGAUAAUUUAGCCAUACCGACUGUUUAUACGGAAACGAAUGUUAUUUGUAAUGAAUAUUAUAGUAAUUUAUUGGCUGGAUUUAGUGCUAAAGAUAACAAAUCAAAUAUGGAAUUGUUGAGUUUAGAUCUAUACAGUAUGAAUCCGGCAAUUGCUCAUGGUGGUCAUCAUACUGGUCAUCAUCAUCAUAAUCAUCAUCAUCAUCUCAAUAAUAAAGGUCCACCUGAUUUAAUACCAACAUUUUAUUAUAAUCCAUCUACAUCAACAAAUAGUGAUGAUUGUACAACAAUUGCGGAUACUGAUCGUACAGAUUUAAUGAGUUCAAUUAACACUUGAUCGAUGUUG